AUGGCUGACAAAGUUGAGUACGCUCCUGAUUGCGAAACUGUCGAGAGUUCAAAGCUGAAGCUUCCUGAUAAGGUUGUAACUGCUGUGGAGAUUAAGUCUGGCGAAGAGGACGAGGAUGUGGUGUUCCAUGAGCGCGCUCGUCUGUUUUUGUUCUAUGAGGAAGAUGUGUAUGGAACUGAAGUCCGCAAGAACAUCUGGAAGGAAAGAGGAACGGGAGAGGUCCGUAUUUUAAAGCACAAGAAGGACAAGAAGGAGCGUAUUGUCAUGCGUCAAGAGAAGACUUUAAAGUUAAUCUUAAACCACACUGUGAAUCCCAUGACUGUUCUUAGAGAGAACUCUGGAAGCGACCGUGCCUGGAACUUCUUCUGCGAGGACUUCGCCGAGGGAGAAAUCAAGAGUGGAUAUUACGCCAUCCGUUUUAAAGAUCACGAUACUGCCAUGUCCUUCAAGAAGGCCUUCGACGAGGCUCGCAAGGUGAACGCUGAAGUGUUUAAUGUGGAUGUGGAUAUGGAGACGGGUAAGCUGAAGUCUACGGACGCGACUUCGGAGAAGGUGACUGAGCCCGCUGCUGAGACUAAGAAGGAGGAAUAAAAAUAAUGGCCCUGUUUGUUGUGAAAUACCCACAUUUUAGCACCAGUUGUCCCAAUUAGUUAGGGUCACUAUCAUGUCUCCAAAGAUUGUAGACUAUCCAGGAGGAAAAAGUAGGUAGAGCAUAAAGUUCUUCAUGAAGACCCAUGUCUGAAUGAUUACGCAUGUCAUUUUUGAGAAUAGACAGAUUUUUUAAUCUUAUAUAGAUGGUGCGCAAGGAUGACGAAUUUGAUGACUUCGAUGAGGAGGAGGUAGAGGAGGAAGAGGUGGAAGAAGAGGAGGUGGAAGAAGAGGAAGAGGAAGAGGAAGAGGAGGAGGAGCCUGAGGACGAUCUUGAAGAAGUUGACAUCGAGGAGAUGGGAGUCCGUAACGAGUCCGAGGAAGAGGAGGAGGAGCGUGAGGAUGUGUGGAAGAACGGACCUCAUCCCGUGGACCAGGAAGUGAAUCCUGAGAAGUGCUACAUUCAUUCAUAUACAAAGGAAGGAGUGGGCCGCUUCAUGAAGAAGACCAAGCUGAAGAUCACUUGGGAGCUUGUCAUUGAGGGUGAGGAGCACACGAUCGCCGUGUACCACAGCCAGCUCUCUGGAAAGAAGGUGGUUCUUCUUGAUGGAGAUACCGAGUACGAAGAGAACGAGUUCUUCGAUGCUGGUUUGGAUUUCACGUUCCCGUUCCGCAUUGAGGGUCGUGAAGUGGCUGUGCUGAUUUCGGAUGCAACAUUGGAGGGACGAAUUGGUUGGGAUUACGAUAUCCUGAUUGACGGAGUCUCCCUCACCGAGUUGAACGAGAAGCGAUCGAUGGGUGCUAGCGGAAGUUACGAGGAGGAUGAGGAGUUGUUCAACUAAAAGCUGUUGCUGU